AUGAGCAUCCCUGGAUGGAGGGAGUCAGUACUCGCCGCAACGCUAGCGCUCUAUGGGACCAGUGAACAAAACCCAGGAGCAAUCGCAGCCGCAUACAAAUGGUACAACCAUGCCCUGUGCUACCAGCGUCAAAAUCUGAGGCUCUUCAUCGAGAAUCCAUCCGUUCAAGUCAAUGAGAUGCAUGUAUCAAUGGCGGUUAUCCUAGCCUACUCCGAGGUCGUUCUUCCGUCCCAUACUAGGGCUUUUUCUCAGCAUAUCAAGGCGGCAGCUACAUUGCUCCAAAUUGUCGGUCCAGAAGCAUGUAUGCAUGACAAUCUUCACCAAAUUUUUCUUACUAUUCGACUAUACAUGGUCUACGAGUCGUUUGGGGAACGAAAAGUGUCUAUCUUCGCAUCCAACGAUUGGAUUGAUGUACCGUUUCAAAACAGAGAGAAAAGCUCGUUGGACCUCGUGAUUGAUUUGCUCCUUCAGAUCCCCGGAGCUAGCCCACGCAUGGCUGCAACCCUGCUCGAAGGGCUAUGGCGUCAGCUCGUCCAGAGCAAUCCUGACUUGAUAUCUUCGCCUCGACACAUCAUGCUUAAGCAAGUCUUGGGGUUUCGGGACCUCUGGGAUUGCGUACCAGAUAGAUUCCGCCACUCAAGCUCUGAGGCUGCCAUUGCACUCGCAUUAUACAAUUUUGGUUGGAUAACCUCUCUCUCACUGCUGAAACAAUGUGGCGAUCAUGCGGCUGAAUACGCUGAGCUCAUCGAUAGCCACUGUGGGACAAUCCUAGAUGCAGCAGCUUUUGUGUCAACCAUUGAGGAUGGCUGUAGUUACAUCCGGCUAACACCACCCUUGAGGAGUGUCUUGCAAUACAGCAGCAACCAGGGCCAACGAAAAAGCGCGCUUUUAUUUAUGCGGGCGUGGGGAAAGUCUAUCAACUUGCUGCAAUUGUCUACUGGCCCGUUUGGCCAAAAUUGGCAAUUUCAUGAUUCAGAUUGA